AUGACAGGAAAAACCAGCUCUGAGGCUUCUGUCUCCAGUCCAAGUGAGACAGCCACCUCUGAGGCUUCUGUCUUGAAUCCAAGCGAGACAGCGCCUGAGCCUGCCCAGGUGCCCACCAUGGAGUCUUCUGGAGAGGUGGUAGCAUCAGAGUCCACGGGGCAAGAGCAGGCUCCAGAGCCACAGAAGCCUGACUCUCAGGCACUGGACCCCGAAGCCCCUGAAGCUCCUGCCAUACCCGCAACCGCUAAGCCUGAACCUCCAAGUGAAGAUGUCCCCAGUGCCCCACUGCAGCUGACCUUGGAGGAUGUGAGCCAGAGCUCCCUGACUGUGAGCUGGGAGCCCCCCGAGAAGCUGGGGAAGCUGGGGCUUCAAGGCUAUGUAUUGGAGCUCUGUCGAGAGGGAGCCUCAGAAUGGGUGCCUGUGAAUCCCCGGCCCGCGAUGGUGACCCAGCAGACGGUUCGAAACCUGGCCCUGGGAGACAAGUUCUUCCUGCGUGUGACUGCAGUUAGCUCCGCAGGGGCGGGCCCUGCAGCUGUACUGGACCACCCUGUCCACAUCCAAGAGAUCAUUGAAGCCCCCAAGAUCCGUGUUCCCCGACACCUUCGGCAGACCUACAUCCGCCGGGUGGGAGAGUCCGUCAACCUGCAAAUCCCCUUCCAGGGGAAGCCCAAACCACAGGCCUCCUGGACCCACAACGGCCAUGCCCUGGACAGCCAGCGGGUGAACGUGCGCACGGGGGACCAGGACUCCAUCCUCUUCAUUCGCUCCGCUCAGCGCUCAGACUCAGGCCGCUACGAGCUCACUGUGCGUCUGGAAGGCUUGGAAGCCAAGGCCAACAUUGACAUCCUCGUGAUUGAGAAGCCUGGGCCCCCGAGUAGCAUCAGGCUACUGGAUGUCUGGGGUUGCAAUGCCGCCCUCGAAUGGACUCCCCCCCAGGACACAGGCAACACAGAGCUCCUGGGCUACACGGUGCAGAAGGCGGACAAGAAGACAGGGCAAUGGUUCACGGUGUUGGAACGUUACCACCCCACCACCUGCACCAUCUCAGACCUCAUCAUUGGGAACUCCUACUCCUUCCGGGUCUUCUCGGAAAACCUGUGUGGCCUCAGUGAUGCGGCCACCACCACCAAGGAGCUGGCUCACAUCCAGAAGGCAGAUAUCACUGCCAAACCUAAGGGGUUUAUUGAGCGAGACUUCUCAGAAGCCCCGUCUUUCACCCAGCCCCUGGCUGACCACACCUCUACUCCCGGCUACAGCACACAACUCUUCUGCAGCGUCCGAGCUUCACCCAAGCCCAAGAUCAUCUGGAUGAAAAACAAGAUGGAUAUCCAGGGUGACCCAAAGUACCGCGCAGUUUCUGAGCAAGGGGUCUGCACCCUGGAGAUUAGGAAGCCCAGCCCUUUUGACUCUGGGGUCUACACAUGCAAGGCCAUCAAUGUGCUAGGGGAGGCCUCUGUGGACUGCCGAUUAGAGGUCAAAGGUGAGAGUCUGAAGGUUCCCUUAGUUCCUGGCCAUGGGGGACAAGUAGACUCCUCUUAGGAGAAGGACUAGAUGCAACUCAAGAGUGAAAACUGGAGCAGGAGGCAGGAGUAGGGGAGCGUUAUGGACAGGUUGUGUGACUUUCCAGGUGGGAAGAUGUUCUAGUUGGGGAUCGGGGCACUGGGGAUCGAACCUCAAACCUCCCAGUUCCCUCCUGUCUUCCCCCAUGGGCUAACCUGUAGGAUCUCUUUCAGCCUCUGCCACACACUGAGGAGCAACAUGGCAGACUGGGACAAGGAGACAGGUGAGCAGAUGGACCCACUCCUUCAGCUAACUCCAGUGAGCACAUGGUCGAAGAGGACACUGGGAAGGGAGAACCCACUUCCCAGGCCCAAAGCAUCACUGAGGAAGAGCUAGGCAGGAAGGGAAGGCAGUAGACAGAUCUGGGUACAAUUUUGCAGCUAAAGUCAACUAGCACGCAUGUUCAAUUUGGUAAAGACAGGGUAGGGCUGGGCCACGCUGGGGAGGUCUGGAAGGGAAAAAGGUACAGCGUGGGUGGUCACAGGACAGGAUCUAGCCUCGACUUUGAGUGACUAUAAACAUAGAUAUCUUCUUCGCAACUUUUUCCUCAUCAGAAAAGUAGGGACCCAGCCCUUGUCCUUCCUUCUUUAUUUAGUGGCUCCGAGGUUCUGGAAGAACUAGGAAGUUCUAGGGCUACACUAGGCAGAGUUCAGCCUUGAGAACUGAGCCUAAGAAAAGACAGAGAAGGGUGGAGGUGACUCUCCACCUGACCCCCCUACUUCUCUUCUGGCAGCUUGGUCACAUACCAGGGCUCAGAAGGACAUUGUCUGCCAGGUCCUGCAGGCCUGAGGAUCGGGCCCUCAGGACCAAAAUGUCUCUCCACAGAUACCCAAGACCAAGACACCAUAGGAACAUGGAGAGGCCUCUGGUACCUGCAGGCCUCCCUCCCCCAGAAGCUGGCGUCCAGCCAGACCCAGGAGUGGGCUUGGCAGGCCUCAGGUCAGGCCUCCUGGGUACGAGAGUGCCCCAGAGGGGCAGUGACUGGUGCCCCCUGCAGAGUUGUACGCUGGGUGAGAAGCAGUCAAAUAAACGUGUGUGGUGUUACAGCAUGGGGCUUCUGUGGCAGUGAGUGUCGUGGGAAGAUACUAUGUUGCUAUGCAGGGAGACACUGUCACCACAAGGAAAGUACCAACAGGAAGGGUCUCCCGAUAGCACAGGACAGUUUUCAGACAUGUGAACGUUCCGGAUCUUGCUUCCUGAUUCACAAUGUGCUACCCUAACUGUGUAACUAUAGCAACAGAAAUACCAUCUUGGAACCUUC